AUCAUUCGUUACUCAACAAACGAUAAACAUGAAAGUGCUCGUAGUUCUCGCCCUGGCAAUUGCCACCGUCUCCGCUGGCGUUAUGCCACAGGAUGUCGCAGUGCAUCCCCGUGACAUGCCUGCUGAGUCGACAAUUGAUGGUCGCAUCACCAAUGGCAGGACUGCUUCUGAAGGUCAGUUCCCAUACCAGUUGGGACUUAGCUUCUCCAGCAGCAGCGGUAGCUGGUGGUGUGGUGGCUCCCUCAUUGACAAUUCUUAUGUGCUGACCGCAGCUCACUGCACCAGCGGUGCCUCGUCUGUGAAAAUCUACUAUGGUGCUCUUCAGCGCACCAACGCCAAGCUUACCCAGACCGUGUCCAGCUCAAACUUCAAACAGCACACUGGCUAUAACUCUGUUACCCUGAAAAACGAUAUCUCACUGAUCAAGACUCCAGCAGUUACCUUCACCGCGUACGUCAACAAGAUUAUGCUGCCCCCAAUUGCCAGCAGCUACUCCACCUAUGAAGGCCAGAGGGCAACCGCCUCCGGCUGGGGCAAGAUCUCUGACAACGCUUCGGGUGUGACCAAUGUUCUGCAGUACCAGAUCUUCGAUAUUGUAUCUGUUGCCACUUGCCAGAGCUACUAUGGCUCUCAGACUGCCUCCUCCAGUGUUAUCUGUAUUGCCACCCCCAAUAAGUCCUCCACCUGCAGUGGUGAUUCCGGCGGCCCAUUGGUCCUGGACAGCACUGGCAGAUUGGUCGGUGUUACCUCCUUCGUUGCCGCGGUUGGUUGCGAGGCUGGUAAACCAUCUGGAUUCACCCGUGUGACCAGCUACUUGGACUGGAUCCGUGACAACUCCGGUGUAUCCUACGUUACUCAGCAAACGAUAAACAUGAAAGUGCUCGUAGUCCUCGCCCUGGCAAUUGCCACCGUCUCCGCUGGCGUUAUGCCACAUGAUGUCCCUGUGCAUCCCCGUGACAUGCCCGUUGAGUCGACAAUUGAUGGUCGCAUCACCAAUGGCAGGACUGCUUCUGAAGGUCAGUUCCCAUACCAGUUGGGACUUAGCUUCUCCAGCAGCAGCGGUAGCUGGUGGUGUGGUGGCUCCCUCAUUGACAAUUCUUAUGUGCUGACCGCAGCUCACUGCACCAGCGGUGCCUCCUCUGUGAAAAUCUACUAUGGUGCUCUUCAGCGCACCAACGCCAAGCUUACCCAGACCGUGUCCAGCUCAAACUUCAUACAGCACUCCGGCUACAACUCCGUUUUGCUGAGAAACGAUAUCUCACUGAUCAAGACUCCAGCAGUUACCUUCACCGCGUACGUCAACAAGAUUAUGCUGCCCCCAAUUGCCAGCAGCUACUCCACCUAUGAAGGCCAGAGGGCAACCGCCUCCGGCUGGGGCAAGAUCUCUGACAACGCUUCGGGUGUGACCAAUGUUCUGCAGUACCAGAUCUUCGAUAUUGUGUCUGUUGCCGAUUGCCAGAAGUACUAUGGCAGCCUGACUGUCACCUCAAAGGUCAUCUGCAUUGCCACCCCCAAUAAGUCCUCCACCUGCAAUGGUGAUUCCGGCGGUCCAUUGGUCCUGGACAGCACUGGCAGACUGGUCGGUGUUACCUCAUUCGUUGCCGCGAUUGGUUGCGAGGCUGGUGAACCGUCUGGAUUCACCCGUGUGACCAGCUACUUGGACUGGAUCCGUGACAACUCCGGUGUCUCCUACUAAAUGCACUUUCAAAAUAAACGACAACAUACCUAAUAAAACUGCACUAAAAACUUUUUUUGAUAGAAA